UCGUUUAGUCAUUGGCCCAUUGCAUGUUUAGCUCCAUGCUUAACCUCUCUCAAACAUUUUACAUUCUUUUUUAAGCAAAACAUUUAAAAUUCAUAUUAUUGAAUGUCUCGAUUAAUUACCGUUUUAGCAAUAAUUGCUUGGACCUUUUCAACUUCAACUUUUCAACUGCCACCACCCUGCCCCAGCGAAAUUUAUUGCUAUGGACCCCUGCUGCAUGCUGUCCAAAACGCGGAGUUAUACAAAGAUUCCAAAACUUUUGUGGAUAAAAAAUUGCGUUUUAAUCCAGAAAUAGUCUUAACUAGUUUCUCACAGUUCAUGACCGACACUGAAAACCAGCCAACCAAAGAAGAAUUACAGGCAUUUGUUGACAGCAAUUUUGAAGCUGAAGGAUUGGAAUUCCAGAAUUGGGAUCCAUCGGACUGGAUCAGUGAUCCUCCAUUUCUAUCUCAAAUUAAUAAUUCAGAGUUCCGCAAUUGGGGGAAUCGUCUUCAUGAAGGAUGGAAAUCUCUCGGGCGACAGAUAAAAGACGACGUUCGUGAUAAUCCUGAUUUAUACUCCAUUGUAUAUGUUCCGAAUCCAUUUAUUGUUCCCGGUGGAAGAUUCAGAGAAUCCUAUUACUGGGAUUCUUAUUGGAUCGUAAAAGGUCUUCUUAUCUCUCAAAUGAAUCAAACAGUCAGAGGAAUGUUAGAUAACUUCGUUCAAAUGGUGGACAUGUUUGGACUAAUUCCGAACGGCGGACGCAUAUAUUACCAACAAAGAUCUCAACCUCCAAUGUUGAUCCCAAUGGUUGAUCUUUAUGUGAGAGCAACUGGUGACGUUGAUUUCCUUCGAGAACGAAUUAAUCUAAUUGAGAAAGAAUUUGAAUUUUGGUUAUUAAAUCGAACAGUGUCAGUUCAAGGGCACACCCUUGCACGAUACAAUGUCGAAUUUGACGGACCUAGGCCAGAGUCCUACAGGGAGGACUUUCGAACAGCUGGAAACUUGAGUGGAAAACCUCUAGAAGAGUUUUAUGUCAACAUGAAAUCUGGGGCAGAAUCUGGAUGGGAUUUCAGCACAAGAUGGUUCAUUGCAGAAGAUGGCAGCAAUGUUGGAGAACUGAACGAUGUCAAAAUAACAAAUAUUAUACCGGUGGAUUUAAAUUCUUUUAUUUGCAUGAAUGCAAAACUGCUGUCGAACAUGUUCAGCCUUUUAGGAGACGAAGAAAAAUCACAGCUUUAUUUGGAUAAAUUUAUAAAAUGGAAAGAGGCCAUACAAAUGGUUUUGUGGAAUGAGGAAGAAGGUGUUUGGUUGGAUUAUGACAUGUUAAAUAGCCGAUCAAGAAACUACUUUUAUGCUUCUAAUAUUUCUCCGCUAUGGGCUGAAUGCUGGGAUCCAAUUUCCCCUCAAAACAGUUCUGUCAUUAAUCGCGUACUCGACUAUCUUGAUCGAAGCCAAGCUACAAAACUUGUUGGUGGUAUCCCGACAUCGAUGGAAAAUUCAGGACAGCAGUGGGACUACCCAAAUGGCUGGGCACCCUUGCAGCAUUUAAUGGUUUAUGGUCUGGAAAAUUCAGCUGACCCAAGGGCCAAAGCACUUGCUUUCGAUAUCGCUCGCAAAUGGCUCGACAACAAUUUCGCAGCGUACGAACAAAGCGUCCCUAAUUCAAUGUUUGAGAAGUAUGAUGUGACGUCUAUUGGCCUUCCAGGAGGAGGUGGAGAAUAUGACGUUCAAUUAGGUUUUGGAUGGACCAAUGGAGUUGUUAUAGAUUUUCUAAACAAUUACGGUGAUCGCCUUUGAUGAGGUUAACCAAAGCAAUGCAAGUA